AUGACACCCUCAAUAUCAUCAAGGAUGGGUUCUCUGCUAAGAGUUUAUUGGCAAAAUAGAAAUGUUAUUAUUGCAGCUCCAUUAGUCAUGAUUACUGCCAUUAUCGCUGCUACUGUUGUUUAUUUAAAAAGAAGAAAAAGAAGAAAUCCACCAAGUCAAAAUCCAGCCCCUCUUCCUACAUUUGUUCAAACAAUUGAAAAUAACAAUAUACCAAAUGCAAUAAUAGCAGAUGAAUGGGAGAUUUACCCAGAAGACUUCAUGAUAGAUAGAAAACUUGGAGAAGGAGCAUUUGGUACAGUUUUUGUUGCUAAAGUUAAUGCAAAAACUCUUGCUAAAAAUAUGUAUUCACUACAAUCCAAGGCCACUUUACCUGAUGUUAAUUCAGAUUCUACUAGUAACGUUGCAGUGAAACUUUUAAAAGAUGGAGCUAGUCAUUCAGAAAUCAAUGAAUUUAAAGAAGAAAUAAAUCUCAUGAAAAAAAUUGGAUAUCAUCAAAACAUAGUAAAUAUGUUAGGCUGUUCUACAGUUAAAAAACCUUUAUGCCUGAUUGUUGAGUACAUGGAAAAUGGUGAUUUGUUGCAGUUUUUACGUGACAGACGUGCUAAACUUCAUUUUCCUAAUGGACAACAAAAUUUAAACUUUAUAUACGCAUCAAACAACCAUCAGUUUAAUGAGAAGAUAAAAAUAAAAGAAACAAGUAAGAGUUCAAAACAAGAUUCCAUGUCAGAUAAAUGUCACCUAGAUGAUAUUGAAAUGAUAACGCCGGAUGAUUUACUUAGUUUUGCAUGGCAAGUGGCAUCUGGAAUGGAAUAUCUUUCAAAAAUAAAAUUGGUUCAUCGUGAUCUAGCUGCAAGAAAUAUCUUGGUAGGUCAAAACAAAAGGGUUAAAAUUUCUGAUUUUGGUCUGUCACGAAAUGUUCAUUACGAAAUGCAGUAUGUAGGAAAAAAUGCUCGUCGUAUGCCGGUGAAGUGGAUGUCAAUUGAAGCUCUUCGUGACCAAGUGUUCACUACAUACAGUGAUGUCUGGGCGUAUGGUAUUGUCUUAUUUGAAAUUGUUACUCUUGGUGGAACACCUUAUCCUACUUUAAGUAACCGUGAACUUCUAAACUUUUUGAAGGCUGGUUGCAGAAUGGAUCGACCUUAACUGCUCUAGUAUUAUAUAUGAUAUUAUGCUGCAUUGUUGGAAUGAAAAUCCAAUAAUGCGACCAUCUUUUACUGAGUUACGCAAACAACUUGAACAAAUAAUAUCACAAGGUGGUCGUUAUUUUAGCUUUGAUAUUAAUGAAGAAAGUCCAUAUUACAAUAUUUCCUUAUUGAGUAGCCUCUCAUUUGAAACAAGAAGUGAUGUAGAAAGUACAAAUUGAUAAAGAUUUGAUAAUGUAAUUUUAGUUUUAUUUAUAAAGUGAAUUAGUUUGUAAAGUUCAAAUAAGUUAGUGAACAUUGAAUAUGUAAGUAUUUGUAAAAAGAGGAUUUUAAAACAGUAUCAACAAAUAAUUGUAAAUCGAUUAAGUGAAUUGAAUUGAUUAAAUCAAUUUCUUAACUUUA